UGUGCAUUGUCCAAUGCAGUGUCCAGGUUUAAAAUCUGAAACCGUUUUUCUAUGCCUGUAACCCUGAAACCAAACGGCUUAGAUUCGCCGCCCGAAACCACAGACGCAGUUUCAACCUCCGCUGCUGAACUCAGGCAGGUUUUUAAGGUAUUUCACCUUACUGCGUGAUCUUUGAUAGUUGCUGCUGUUAUUAUGAUGGAUUUGGAGUCUUCCUGUAGUUACACAUUGUGUCAUUGAUGUCUAAAGGUUCUUGUUUGAUGGAUUUGGCAACGGAUUUGCACAUAGUCCCUUCAGCUAUGACCACUGCAGGUGAUUCUUUAACAAGUACAGAGAAAGUAAAUUCAUUGCAGAAGAAGCACAGGAAAACGAAGAGGGAACAAGGUCAAGCUGUUGAACAAAAAGAUAAAGCUCCUGAGUUUCCAGUUGGUGAUUCUUCAUGGAAGACUGAUGCAACUAUGAAGGACACAUUACAUAAGUCACCAGAUUUGCCUGAUCUGUCAAGUUCACAAACAAUUGUGAAACGUAAAAGGAUGAGGAGAGAUCGGAGGAGAAGGCGGAAGGCUCAGCGUAAUUCUGUCCAAAGCAAUUUUAAUGGUUGUGACAAUCUAGCAGAUAUAUCUCAGGGAGAAAAUGGCAAAAAGGAGCAGAAUAUGCUCCAAAAGGCUGCAGAAAACAGCAAUGGAGAGUGUGACGUCCAGGAAGUGAGUUGCAACUGCAAUUCAGUUGGUAAAGCUGUUGAACAUAAAGAUAAAGGUCCUGAGUUUCCAGUUGGUGAUUCUUCACGGAAGACUGAUGCAACUAUGAAGGACCCAUUUCAUGAGUCACCAGAUUUUCCUGAUCUGUCAAGUUCACAAACAAUUGUGGAACAUAAUUCAAAGAAGAUGAAACAUCAGAGGAAAAUGCGGAAGACUCAGCAUAAUUCUGUCCAAAGCAAUUUUAAUGGUUGUGACAAUCCAGGAGAUAUAUCUCAGGGAGAAACUGGCGAAAAGGAGCAGAAUAUGCUCCAAAAGGCUGCAGAGAACAGCAAUGGAGAGUGUGACGUCCAAGAAGUGAAUUCAGUUGGUAAAGCUGUUGAACAUAAAGAUAAAGGUCUUGAGUUAACAGUUGGUGAUUCUUCACGGAAGACUGAUGCAACUAUGAAGGACACAUUACAUAAGUCACCAGAUUUGCCUGAUCUGUCAAGUUCACAAACAAUUGUGAAACGUAAAAGGAUGAGGAGAGAUCGGAGGAGAAGGCGGAAGGCUCAGCGUAAUUCUGUCCAAAGCAAUUUUAAUGGUUGUGACAAUCCUGCAGAUAUAUCUAAGGGAGAAAAUGGCAAAAAGGAGCAGAAUAUGCUCCAAAAGGCUGCAGAAAACAACAAUGGAGACUGUGACGUCCAAGAAGUGAGUUGCAACUACAAUUCAGUUGGUAAAGCUGUUGAACAUAAAGAUAAAGGUCCUGAGUUUCCAGUUGGUGAUUCUUCACGGAAGACUGAUGCAACUAUGAAGGACCCAUUUCAUGAGUCACCAGAUUUGCCUGAUCUGUCAAGUUCACAAACAAUUGUGGAACAUAAUUCAAAGAAGAUGAAACAUCAGAGGAAAAUGCGGAAGACUCAGCAUAAUUCUGUCCAAAGCAAUUUUGAUGGUUGUGACAAUCCAGUAAUAGGACACUCUUGUGUGAUAGCAGAUAUAUCUCAGGGAGAAAAUGGCGAAAAGGAGCAGAAUAUGCUCCAAAAGGCUGCAGAAAACAUCAAUGGAGAGUGUGACGUCCAAGAAGUGAAUUUCAACUGCAAUUCAGUUGGUAAAGCUGUUGAACUUAAAGAUAAAGGUCCUGAGUUUCCAGUUGGUGAUUCUUCACGGAAGACUGAUGCAACUAUGAAGGACACAUUACAUAAGUCGCCAGAUUUGCCUGAUCUGUCAAGUUCACAAACAAUUGUGGAACAGAAUUCAAAGAAGAAGAAACAUCAGAGGAAAAUGCGGAAGACUCAGCAUAAUUCUGUCCAAAGCAAUUUUAAUAGUUGUGACAAUCCAGAUAUAUCUCAGGGAGAAAAUGGCGUAAAGGAGAAGAAUAUGCUCCAAAAGGCUGCAGAAAACAGCAAUGGAGAGUGUGACGUCCGAGAAGUGAAUUGCAACUGCAAUUCAGUUGGUAAAGCUGUUGAACAUAAAGAUAAAGGUCUUGAGUUUCUAGUUUGCGAUUCUUCACGGAAGACUGAUGCAACUAUGAAGGACACAUUACAUAAGUCACCAGAUUUGCCUGAUCUGUCAAGUUCACAAACAAUUGUGAAACAUCGGAGGAAAAGGCGGAAGACUCAGCAUAAUUCUGUCAAAAGCAAUUUUAAUGGUUGCGACAAUCCAGCAGAUAUAUCUCAGGGAGAAAAUGGCGUAAAGGAGCAGAAUAUGCUCCAAAAGACUGCAGAAAACAGCAAUGGAGAGUGUGACGUCCAAGAAGUAUGUUGCAACUGCAAUUCAGUGGUGGCAGAUGCCGUCUCUACCGCAGAAGAGUCUGUGAUUGAAUUUACAGAAAAGAACAUUAAGCAAAAUAUAAAUGAUAACAUUACCAACCCUGAGGAAAAGAGUACUUUUGUGAAGAAUGCUAGUCUGGGGAAGAAACAUGAUGAUGAUAACGUAGGAGUUUGUCUAUCUGUUAAAAUUCCUCAUGUCUAUAAUAGGGAAAAAAUGUCACUGGACAGGACUGUUAUCAGCUACCCAAAGAAAAAGCUUCUCAUCCUUGAUGUGAAUGGAUUGCUUGUUGAUUUGGUCAGUGAUGAUUCUAAAGAAAAUAAUAUAACACGAAAACCUGAUUUUCGGGUUAGCAGGAGAAAAGGUUACUAUAGGCCCUUUUGUAAUGAUUUUCUACGGUUUUGCUUUGACAGAUUUCAUGUGGGAGUUUGGUCAUCUAGAAAAAGGACGAAUCUUGAUAGAGUCAUCGAACUUGUUAUGGGGAAAUCUGCAUAUAAAUUGCUCUUCCGUUGGAAUCAGUACCACUGUACUCGAACAAAAUUCAAAACUGUUGAGGAUGUACAGAAGCCUAUUUUUUUGAAGGAACUCCGCCUCUUGUGGGAAAAGAGGAAUCCUAGGCUUCCGUGGAACAAGGGAGAGUUUAAUGAAUCAAACACAUUAUUAUUGGAUGACUCCCCUUACAAGGCACUUUUGAAUCCUAAGCAUACAGCUGUAUUUCCUUAUACGUACCAGUACCAUGACAUUAAAGACUCAUCAUUAGGACCUGAAGGUGAUCUACGGGUCUAUCUAAAAGGGCUUGCGAUGGCUGAGAAUGUCCAAGAGUACGUGUCAUCGAAUCCAUUUGGGCAACCUCCCAUAACAGAAACUAAUCCAUCAUGGGGUUACUAUUGUCAAGUUUUAGAGUCAGUUAAGCACGAGCGCAGACUUCAAAAUCAGGAUUCAGGACCUCAUCACCAGGUAGGGAGCAAAUUGCUUUGCAAACAACGCAGGAUGAAAGCUACUGCAUUAUAUUGAUGUGUGCGGCGGUGCGUGUUUUAAUGUAUGUUUGGAUCAGUUUCUCUUCAUUCAGAAGCUACCUAUAGAAACCACUUACAGAAACUCCCCAAAUUGAUUUUGACUUUAGAAUAAAUCGCAGAUAUAUUUCCAAACAUGCACUUGAUGACUUCAAUCACACUCUAAUGACAGAAGUGCUGUGGAGUUACCUUUUGUAAGGUGUGUGAAAUAUUGAUCAGUUACGUUUAAUAGUUACAUACAUAGAUUAACACCUA